AUGAGCAAGCGGCCUCCUCCAGACCCUGUGGCAGUUCUGAGGGGCCACCGGGCUUCCGUUACGGACGUUUGCUUCCAUCCCUCCAAGAAUCUUUUAUUUACUGGGUCAGCUGAUGGCGAAUUACGCAUUUGGGAUUCAGUACAGCAUCGAACCAUUUCAUCAUCAUGGGUGCAUAGUGCAGCACAUGGCAUUAUUAGUGUUGCGGCCAGUCCUUUGCUUGGAGAGAACAAAAUCAUUAGCCAGGGAAGGGAUGGAACCAUCAAGUAUUGGGAUGUUGGAGAAGGGGGGUUGUCCAGGAACCCAUUAACUUCAAUUAAAACAAAUUCUUACCACUUCUGCAAGCUUUCAUUGUUAAGCAAGCAGUCUGCUAAAAUUAAGCAAUCUGAAGUCCUGAAGAAUAAUCAGGAUGUCGAGGACAGGAAAGACUCUAAAGACAGCCAAAGCUUUCUGGGAAGUCAAUUGGAAAGCUCAACACAAGUUGAAGGAGGUGAUGAUCAGAUUGAAGUACCCAAAUAUAUUGCUGUUGCUGGGGAGGACACUUCUGUGGUCGAGAUUUGGGAUCUCAAUGCAGCAGAAAGGCUUAUACAAUUGCCUCAUUGUUCUGUUGGCUCCUCAAAUCAGUCUACAAAGGCAAGAGGAAUGUGCUUGGCAGUUCAAGCUUUUUUACCUUCUGAAUCACAGGGGCAUCUAAAUGUUUUAUCUGGUUAUGAGGAUGGAUCCAUGGUUUGGUGGGAUUUAAGGAAUCCAGCCUUGCCAUUGACUUCUGUCAAAUUUCAUUCUGAACCAGUUCUAAGCUUAUGUGUCGAUAAUUCAUGUAGAGGAGGGGUCUCUGGAGCUGCUGAUGACAGAAUCAUAAUAUUUACUUUGAAUCCUUCAACGGGUUCUUGUUUGGUUAAGAAAGAAAUUAUUUUGGAGAGACCUGGCAUAGCAGGAGUUUCAAUCCGGCCAGACAGCAAAAUUAUUGCAACUGCUGGCUGGGACCACAGGGUGAGGAUAUAUGACUAUCGCAAAGGAAAUGCUUUGGCCGUAUUGAAAUAUCAUCGUGCCUUGUGUACUGCUGUCUCAUUCUCAGAUGAUAGCAAACUGAUGGCAUCAUCUUCAGAAGACACUACUGUGGCCCUAUGGGAAAUUUAUCCUCCUCAAAACACAAACUGA